AUGCCUGUUAACUACCUAGGAGAUUGCUCCGACGCGGAGAUGGCAAGGCUCCAGGACACGACUCUCAACGAGACUCUCGGAUUCGGGAUGAGAAUCGGGAAUGAGAAUGAGCGCUUCGGAUGCUCUUAUUGCGAGCGCCGAUUCCCCACAAAAACGAAGGCGGCACGUCACCAAAUCGCCCAUGAUGCUGUGCGAAGACAUGAAUGUCUUCAUUGCCGGCGCCGGCUUAGGGAUAAGUAUGAUAUGAAGAAGCACUUAAUCAUGAGUCACGGACACAGCAACGAAAAUUGGGAAGAGGGCGCGCGAUAUAUCGGGAACGACGAAGAGCCGCCUGAAAUUGGUCAAGUGAAAACGCGCCGAACGAGAACAGCCUCUCUUCAGUUGGCCGAGAAUCCACUGGCUCCCAAUGCCACCUUGGACUCAAUGUCAGCAAAUAAUUCGAACUUCUCGAAUUCUAGUCAUCAACAAUCAUCUUCUGGUCCUUUUUCUGGAGGAAGCGGGGCAACUAUUCCUUUCUCCGGUUCAGGUGGAGGUUCAAGUGGCGGAUUUGGAGGCAGCGCCUUCGGUAGCAGCGGCGGAAGUGGCUUUGGCCCCACUGCAUUCGGUGGCUCAGCUUUCGGCUCAUCCGCUUUUGGUACUAGCAACCAACAAAGCAGCUCAUUUGGUUCUGGCAACAAUUCUGGCGGUGACUUCGGAGGCGGCUUCGGACGUGGUUUGGGUGGAUUUGGUCGCUUCGCGCAGCAACAGAAAAAUCAAUUUUCCGGAAAGGAAUUUUCCGGCUUUAGAUAA